GCUACAAAAAAUUCUUCUUGUCCUGAUCGCACUUUCUUCUCAGUAAGUGCUUUAUUGUUAUCAUUUGCUGCUUUAGUACAGCUGUUAGCUAAAUAGAAUCAAUAGAUUUGAAGAACUCUUUAUAGAAGGUUGCUGCAGCUCAUCCGCAGAUUAACCUCCUCUUGCUCCCGUUACUGUGACCAGGAGAACACUUUUGAAGGCGUUUGCAGCCAUCAGCACUGCCAGUUUGCCACAUCCCCUCAGCAUAGAACGAACAGAGAAAACAGCACGAACGUGUGCGAGCAACUCUUGUUGUGUUUUGCCCGUUUCACCACUGUUAAGCUGCUCUACUUAGAAAGAAAGGAGAGUGAACCACAUCAGCGAUCAGUUAACAAAGCUUAACCACUGUCUGUCAGUCUCCUUGCUAAAGCUCCACGAACCAUAGUACUUGUUUUUAUUGUUGCUGCUCUUUCGAACUCUUAUGAGCAAUGGCGGCACACAUGAUCAUCCCAUUACCGGUGCGGUUCAGCAGUAAUGUGCACCUCACCCUCCACCAGGCCUUCCUCGCCUCUGCCGGCGUUCUACUGAGUGACCCCGUCGCGCGUGUGCACGUCGUCACAGUGAAGACGACACGCCCCACGAAAGCCUCCUCCAACGCACAGGCAGACGCGCAAAACGACGGCGUACGGAUUGUGCUCAACGCGAGGGAGGUGGGUAAGACAAAGCCUUGCUUCUUCACCGCUCACCCCUCUUUUAACGAGUCCUUCGACUUCACCGUGGCGGAAACAAGCGCCCUCACCUCUCUCGCCGCGCCGUCCGCCCUGUCCAACACCUCCGCGCCGAACAGAAAGAAGCGUGACGACGGCGCGGACGUGAAUAGCAGCGGCGGUGGCGGCAACACGGUGAGUGUGGUGGACCACGUCGUCAUCACGCUCGAAUCGGCCGAUGGCACGGCCUUUUACGGAGAAGCCUACGCGCCCUUCAGUCCACACUGCAGCAGCGCUGCGCCUGCAGCGGCCCCCGUACGCGUGAUGCUCGCACCGCGUAACGCGCAGGACGUUAGCGACCCACUCUUUCUACAAGACAACGCCCUUCUCGCCGAGCGCCACCUCGACGACUUUGGCUUUGUGACGAUCAGCUGGGAAGUGGCGGUGGUGCCGCAUGGAGGAGCUCUGCUGGGCAACGAGGCCGCUGCUGCCCCGACCGGGCUACUUCCGGUUGGCUUGGCGCUGCGGGCUACGUGGCUGGCCCGGGCCGCCGCCUACACUCGCGGGGCGCAGUACACGACAUCGGUGGAGUUUGGUGGGCUGGACCGCUUCAUCUUCUCCGACCCGGCGCAGCCCGUCUGCCUCACGUUGCAGGGCGGCGCGGCCGAGGCGCAGCUGCGUCGGGCCACCUUCCACUGCACCGUGCAGAGUGCGAUGGAGCCGUCCAAAUCGCAUGAGGUAACGAUUCCGCUGCCGCUGCCACCGCUGAAUGUUGCCGCAGCGCGGAACCGCGACAUCCACUGGGUAGCACCGGCGCGAACGUCCCAAGGGCUCGACCUCGGCCUCCUGCUCGUCUCGAUGCGGGUGUCCAGCACGCCCUUGACGGCCGACGCGCCGCGCUGCCCUGAUGAGGCGUGUCUCCGCAUCAACGACCCACAGCAUCAGGAGGAGCAUCAGCACGUCGCGCAGCUCUGGGGCAUGCGUGCGCCGCCGCAGACCCCACCUGGCGCCUACCAGCCCAUCGCCUGGGAGUCGCAGCAGCACGUAGCGGAGGCGGCGCAGCGGCGGUGGAAGCGGCAGUGCGUGGUGGAGGCGCGGCCCGCGCUGGAGCACCUCCGGCACCUCUUCGACGUUCUCAUGGGCCGCACCACGCUCGACGACGGAGUGGCGCACGUCGCGGCGACCUUCUGCAACAAAAGCCCCGCCGAAAUCUCGGCGGGCGACCUGCGGGAGUUGAUGGUCGCCUUCGCCUUCCACGCGUCGAAGCUGACAGUGCAGGCGGCGGCGCGCUUCUGCUUCGUGGCGCUGCGCCGCGACGUGCCGGAUGCCGUGGCGGCCGAGGAGGUGCAGUACAUUGUCGAUCACUGCUUGGUGGAGCGGACGGUGGAGAUGCCGGCCGGGGAGCGGCGUCGCUGGGUGACCGACCUCUUCGCAAGCGUUCCCGUCGUCUCCUACGCGGACUUUGUGAAGUACUUUAUCCACAACUACGCCAUGUGGGCCGCGUUUGGCGUGCCGCUGACGGUGGAGACCGCCGCCUCGAGCAUGCAGCACUGUCACGCCGCCCUUCAGCAUCAGCAGCAGUCGUCGUCGUCUCGAUGCGGCACACCACGCACUGCGGCAGCGGUGGUGGUCGACGUCGCACUUUUUCCCUCUUCCGAUCUGCGCGCGCCAGCCCCUGCAGCUGACCGUUCAGCCGGGGUGCCGUCCAACCCCGAAGCUGCGGCGGCUACUGCGAGCCCCUCCAAUGUGUGGCGCACCUUCGUGGUUCGUGUGGCGCAGACACCCUCCAAAGCCUUCAGCGUCACCGCCCACGUCAGCGACCGCAUCAGCGAUGUCAUGGCGAUUGUGGAAGGCAACGUCGGAAUUAAAGUCACGCGGCAGGAGUGGCGGCUGGCCGGGACAGGCGGUAGUACUUCUCCACCGGGUAGUACUGCGGCCGCCACGAGUGCGGCGCCCCCUGCGCCGUCGAUGAAGCUGCUCGAUCCCUCCCUGUUGGUCGGGAACACCACUCUGGGCCUUCCCUCCGCCCUGCGCAACCCCGUCUCUUCUUCCUCCGCCUCCGCCUCCUCUUCUCCUUUUUCGCACGGCGCUGGCAACACGCAGGAGGUGUGGAUUUACGAAGCGGAGGCGACCAUCCUGUUGCGCUUUCACGUGACGGACUGCCUGCACAGCAAAAAGGACUGGCAGGAGCGGGUGCAGGCGAAGGAGAAGGUGCUGAAGCUGCGGGCCGCAGUGCAGCGCAAGACGCUGAUCCCGCUCUCCCGCUGCACCCUCAGCGUCAAGCACCAAGACGGCGCCGUGACGACGCUGCAGGACCGGCACACGGUGGCGCACUACCACCUUGUGAGCGGCGACGUGAUUGACGUCUCGCACGAUUGA